AGCAGGGGCAGACUGACCAUUUGGAAACUCGGGCACUGCCCUAGGGCCCAGGGUCAGUAGGGGGCCCCAUGAGAUGCCCCUGGUACCUUUUUCAUAGGCUUUUUUGAGUUUGGGCAAGGACACAGGGGCCCCAUGAUCCCCUAUUGCUCGGGGGCCCCAUGAGUUGUCAGUCCGCCCCUGCCACAGAAGUAUCUAUGAUCACAUCAGAGUCAAAUCCCACACAGAGUUCCUCUGAUCACAUCGGAGUCAAAUCCCACAGAGUGUGACGGG